CCUUAUUAAUUAACUGUCUCAACUGCUUCCAUCGAUCUCUUCAACAAACAGCUCGGUGCUUGCAAGUAUGGGUUCUCUGUGCGUCCCUACCCAACCACUUAAUUACCCUUUAGCUCGCCGUGAUGAUUCCGUGCUUGAUAACUAUCAUGGCGUUCUUAUUCCUGACCCUUACCAAUGGCUUGAAAAUCCUGAUUCAGAGGAGACAAAAGAGUUUGUGAGGAAGCAGUCUGAACUAACGGAUUCCGUACUGAAAAGCUGCGAGACAAGAGACAAACUGCGGGAAAAACUGACCCAAUUGUUUGAUUUCCCAAAGUACGACGUUCCUUUCAGGGCAGGCGAUAAUAAGUACUUUUACUUCCACAACACGGGCCUUCAACCUCAGAGGGUCCUCUACGUUCAGGAUGGUUUGGAUGCGAAAGCAGAGGUUUUGCUGGAUCCCAACAGGUUGAGUGAGGACGGAAGUGUUGCAUUGAAAAUGUGGGGGGUUAGCGAGGAUGCUAAGUACCUGGCAUAUGGGAUUAGUUCAAGUGGGAGUGAUUGGGUGACUCUCAGAGUUAUGACCGUUCAUCAUAAGGCUGUCCACCCUGAUAUUCUUUCCUGGGUCAAGUUCUCGGAUGUUAGCUGGACCAAAGACAGCAAAGGUUUUUUCUACAGCCGUUAUCCAGCUCCCAAGGAUGGAGAUAAUCUGGAUGCCGGAACUGAGACAAAUGUCAAUCUACACCAUCAGCUAUAUUAUCAUUUCUUGGGUACAGAUCAGUCUGAAGAUAUCCUAUGCUGGAAAGAUUCAGAUAACCCCAGACAUAUGAUUUCCGCUUCAGUCACAGAAGAUGGGAAGUAUGCUCUGGUGUAUAUUUUUGAGAACUGUGAUCCAGUCAACAAAGUUUAUGUAUGUGACUUGUCUGCUCUUCCAAAUGGGCUCCAAGGCUAUAGAGGGACGGAUGAACUGCUUCCAUUUAACAAGAUCGUUGAUCAUUUUGAGGCCUCUUAUGGAUUUGUUGCAAAUGAUGAAGCUGUUUUCACCUUCCGGACAAAUAAGAAUGCUCCAAAGUACAAACUAGUGAGAGUGGAUGUCAAAGAACCUGGAUGUUGGUGUGAUGUUAUUCAAGAGGAUGAAAAAGAUGUGCUUGAAUCAGCUGUGGCUGUGAAUAACAAUCAACUUGUGGUGAAUUAUUUGAGUGAUGUGAAAAGCGUUUUACAGUUGAGAGAUAUAAGAACAGGUGGUAUUCUGAACCACAAUUUACCUAUAGAUAUUGGAACAGUUAAUGGAAUUUCAGCUCGCCGCAAAGACAGCAUUGUGUUUAUUGGUUUUACAAACUUCCUUAUCCCACUCAUCAUAUAUCAGUGCAACCUGCAAAGCAAGGUCCCAGAGCUGAAAAUAUUCCGCGAAAUUACUGUCCCUGGCUUUGAUCGUGCAAGUUUCAAUGUGACUCAGGUAUUUGUGGGCAGUAAAGAUGGUGUUAAGAUACCGAUGUUCAUAGUGAGUGGAAAAGAUAUUUGCCUGGAUGGAUCAAACCCUUGUUUGCUAUUUGGAUAUGGUGGAUUUAGUGCUAGUGUUACCCCAUAUUUUUCUACGGCGCGGCUUGUGAUAGCAAAACAUUUAGGUGUUAUAUUCUGUUUAGCAAAUAUUCGUGGCGGUGGGGAGUACGGAGAAGAAUGGCACAAGGCGGGUGCCCUUGCCAAAAAGCAGAACUGCUUUGACGAUUUCAUUUGUGCAGCUGAGUAUCUGAUUGCUGCUGGUUUCACUCAACCUAGCAAGUUGUGCAUUGAAGGGGGAAGCAAUGGAGGACUUCUAAUAGGAGCAUGCAUCAAUCAGAGACCUGAUCUGUUUGGCUGCGCACUCGCCCAUGUUGGUGUGAUGGACAUGCUUAGAUUCCACAAAUUCACUAUAGGACAUGCAUGGACCUCUGACUUUGGGUGUUCAGAUAAUGAGGAAGAAUUUCAUUGGCUAAUCAAAUAUUCGCCGCUACAUAAUGUGAGAAGACCUUGGGAACAAACUCAUCAGGCCUGCCAAUACCCAUCAACCAUGCUAUUGACAGCUGAUCACGACGAUAGGGUGGUGCCACUGCACACAUUCAAAUAUUUGGCGACCAUGCAGCAUGUCCUGUGUACAAGCGCUCACAACACUCCGCAAACCAACCCAAUUGUGGGUCGCAUAGAGCGCAAUGCUGGCCAUGGAUGUGGCCGUCCCACCCAGAAAUUGAUUGAUGAAGCUGCAGACAGGUACGCGUUCAUGGCUAAAGUUCUGGGUGCCCACUGGAUUGAAUAGUAUAGUAUAGUAUCAUCAUCUUCAUCACAACCCCACCCCGGCCAGGGACUCAAUUCACCUGUUUAUAAGCUAAGCUAAUGGAAUUUGUAGCCUGUAACUUCUAAUUCUUAUCUACCCCAUGUAACUUCUUAUCUACCCCACCCCCACUUUUGCAAGGAUACUCUCAAUCCAGCAUUAAGUUUGAAGCUAGCUUUUUAAUAAGCAACAUAAUACUUUAAUCAA